GCGCGGGGCGAGGAGGCUCGUUGUCCCUGGCCACGUCACGUGACAGCCGAGGACCCGCUUCCGCCUCUGCAGUCGCCGCCGCCGCCGCCGCCGCUUCCCGGUCCGCCUCACGAUGCUGUCGUCUUUCCCAGAGCUGUACUUCAACGUGGACAGCGGCUACCUGGAGGGCCUGGUGCGCGGCUUCAAGGCGGGGGUGCUGAUUCAGGCCGACUACCUCAACCUGGUGCAAUGCGAGAGCCUGGAAGAUUUGAAACUCCAUCUCCAGAGUACAGACUAUGGCAGCUUCCUGGCGAACGAAGCCUCCCCCCUCACUGUGUCCGUCAUCGAUGACAAGCUGAAGGAGAAGAUGGUGGUCGAGUUCCGCCACAUGAGGAAUCACGCCUAUGAGCCCCUGGCCAGCUUUCUGGACUUUAUCACGUACAGCUACAUGAUUGACAACGUGAUCUUGCUUAUCACUGGGACGCUGCAUCAACGCUCCAUUGCUGAGCUGGUGCCCAAGUGCCACCCUCUGGGAAGCUUCGAGCAGAUGGAGGCAGUGAAUAUCGCUCAGACUCCUGCCGAGCUGUACAAUGCCAUCCUGGUGGACACACCCUUGGCUGCCUUUUUCCAGGAUUGCAUCUCGGAGCAGGACCUCGAUGAAAUGAACAUUGAAAUUAUUCGAAACACUCUCUACAAGGCUUACCUUGAGUCCUUCUAUAAGUUCUGCAAGAUCCUGGGUGGCACGACUGCUGAUGCCAUGUGCCCCAUCCUGGAGUUUGAAGCUGACAGGAGAGCCUUCAUCAUCACCAUCAACUCCUUCGGCACGGAGCUCUCCAAGGAGGACCGGGCCAAGCUGUUCCCGCACUGCGGGAAGCUGUAUCCAGAGGGCCUGGCUCAGCUGGCCAGAGCAGACGACUACGAGCAAGUCAAAGCUGUGGCUGAUUACUACCCAGAAUACAAACUUCUGUUUGAAGGCGCAGGCAGCAACCCCGGGGACAAGACCCUUGAAGAUCGGUUCUUUGAGCACGAGGUGAAGCUGAACAAGCUGGCUUUCUUGAACCAGUUCCACUUUGGGGUCUUCUACGCAUUUGUGAAACUGAAGGAGCAGGAAUGCCGCAACAUCGUGUGGAUCGCCGAGUGCAUCGCCCAGCGGCACCGGGCGAAGAUCGACAACUACAUCCCCAUCUUCUAAGCCCUUCCCCUGCCGUGGAUUAUCCUGCUGAUUGCUCAAGUCCCCAUCCAAACCCAUUCCGUCUUCUGGAUCUAAAAGUGGCUUUGGGGAGGGAGUGCCAGGAUGGGUCUGAGGGACUCUUUAUCACAAUAUGUAGGACCCAGGCUGCUCUCUCCCGGGAGGGUCCCGAUCCCUCCUCUGUGUCGUACCGUGUCACUGUAUGUGCUUCUGUAGAUCAGACUAAACCAUUCAGUAUCUAAAGCUGACCUUUUUUGCCCCAAAGAAGGGACUGGUGUGGCGCUGCGGGGCGGGAGGGUGUCUUCUGUCUGUGAUAGAUGAUCAUUGCCUGGAGAGUUGGUAUAGUGGCCACUUUGUGUAACUGCUUGUCAAGAAUAACUGCAUUACAAAACUAGUUUUCUAUCCUGGCUCCCUCCCCAUCCUGGGAAGUCUGGGAGAGCCAGCUAAGUAUAGCAAACCCUCAAAGAAGUGCUGUGAGUGGAGGCUGUUUGUAGGGAACCAUGAGAGUUAAACUGGUUUAAAGCACCAGGUUUGGGGGUUAUUUUUUUCCAUUUCUUGGUGAUGCAAGCACGGCCUUCCGCAUUCAUUACCAGACUGCCUCAAGCUCAAGCUUGCAGUGGCGACAGUCAUUUUGGGGUUGCAUGGCUUCAGACCAUUCUGCCUGCUAGUGGAAAGAGGAGCUGGCAGAACUUGCGGUCAUAUAAACAGCAGCCCGCAAGGCUCCUUCUCCAGGAGCCCCUUGAGGAAAGGGGUUUUUCUCCUGCCACGGAAUUUCUCUGGGGCUUCGUUCUUUUUCCUCUUGUCUUGCUAGGCUGGGGAGGAGCCGUAGGCAAGUCACUGUUACCAAAGGGCCCGGUGAGCCCCUGGCUGUUUUUCCCCGAAGGCUUAGAUAUCCUCACCCUGCCAUGUCGGCUCUCCCUGCCAGCUCCUCUGUUCUAGGGCUGGACCUGAUGACUCAGCUGUGGCAGUUGUCAUAAUAGUAUUGCAGGCUCUAAAAUCAAAGUCUAAUCUAGCAUUCAGUAGGAUGCCUGGCCUGGCCUUGGAGCAGCCCAAGAUGGGGACGAAGCCGCUGCGUUCACGAGCAAUUCUCUCUCUCUUCUCCCCAGCAGAAUGGUGCCAGUGCCCCUGGAGAAGGCCGCUGUGCCACGCAGAGCCCCGUCUUUGAAUUGAAUAAAAGCCCCUUCCCGCACACGUGCGCACGUGCUUUUCUCCACUUCAGGGCCCAGUGCUGUGCAUUGUUCCGGUCUCUUACUCCCCCACCCCUUUUCCAGCAUCUGGCCAGGGAUAUCUGUAAAGCUUCAACUGAACGUGGCCCUUAACGGCCCCCGUUACCCCCAGCCACCUGCCUUCUCAGUCACACACCUCUUGGGGCAGCAUUUCCCUAGGCUGCCUCUUUUUUGGACAGGGGAGAUUGCUGUCACUCUGGUUCUCUUGUGUAAACAGUGCUCACCUGCGUGUGUGUGUGUCCCCCCCCACCUCAGUAGGGCAGGGCUGCUCGGGCAUUCCUUAUUUCAGCCUGCCCCAAAGAAUAUGGUCUGCACCUCUUUCUACGUGGGCCCUGGUGCGGUAGAUGUGCUCUGAGUGUUGUGUUUGCUGCUUUUCAUCUUACAACUGUGACAAUAAAUUAUUUACCAAAAGGAUUGGCCGCCUCUUAAACCUUAAAGGUAGAACUCCGUCCUCCCCAGAAGUAAGUGGCCUGCUGUGAGUUCCAUGCCUGGAAGGGAAGCACUUUGGGCUGUGUGCACAACACUAACAAGCAAAACCGGUGGGAGUUGUGGCGGCCAGCCCCCUGUCAGAGUGGAGUGGAGACCUUGGAAUGUGCCCUGAUGCUCGGCAGGUGACUCCCUGUGGGAGAGAGCCACUGAGCAGGCAGUCUGGAAAUAACUGCUCCAGGAAUCCAGUGUGUGUGUGUGCUGGGAGAGGGGGCAGAGCAUGUAGCCUGUGUGCAAAGUAGUCCAGAUUGGCAUCUGUAUAUAAAAAUAGCCAAGGUGUUUCCAGGACACAUCAAAGCAAUAAGGAAGAGUCCAGUAGCAUCUGUAAGACUAACCAGCUUUAUUGUAGCAUAAGCUUUCAAGAACCACAGUUCUCUUUGUCAGAUGCAGCUUUAUUGCAGCAUAAGCUAUAUUGGAGCUUACGCUGCAAUAAAGUUGGUUAGUCUUAAAGGUGCUACUGGACUCUUUACUGUUUUGCAACUACAGACUAACGCGGCUAACUCCUCUGGAUCUAAGGCAAUAGAGAUGACUUUCUCUCACCUCUGCCCCAUAAAAGAUACUGUAAAGCAAGGCGGUAAACAGUUCUCCUUUUCCCACGGUGCCCUUGGUCUGACACAUCUUUAGGCGUGGGGGGGGGGCCGUGGGAUGGAAAAUAGCCACAGUGCAAGACGUCACGUGGCCUGAUGGAAAGGGUGCUGUGAGGCUGGCCUCCUGCUUUGCAGUUCUCAGCUGUGGGAUGUUGUCCUGGAAAUGCAUGAAUGUGCCAUGUGCUUGGGGUGUGCUCUCUGAAUGAAGGAGCAGAGGCUGAGCGCCUGUCUCCAAAAAGUGGGGGAGGGAGAAGCGCAUACCUAGCAUGUGUAAAAGAUGCUCUCCUUCAGCUGGCAUCACCAGUAGGGGAGCUGGAUGGACUCUUAGUUCUUUCCAGCCUGCUCUCUUUAUAUCUUUGAGUUUAUGUAACUUUUUUCUUCCAUCUUUUGGGCAUUCAAAGAUGUGCGGUUCUGAGGCCUGAGGCAAUAAAGUGGUUUGGAGACAUUC